AUGAGACGGAUACAGUGUUGUAUUCCGGGGGGAAUUUCUCACAGUAGACGAUGGUCGCAACGGUUCCAUUCUGUGGAAGGAGUGCCGCGCUUGAGUCAAGAGGAACUUCGGCGGCUCGUCGAUAUUUUGGAGAGUGACCCGAAGAUUCUCGGCGACAUUAUUGGUAGACUCGAUGCAGCAAGCAGGCGCCGUCUCAUUGUCGCUGGUGGCGCUAUAGAGUGGUUUGGAAAGGACAACGCCGUGACGGAAAUGAAGCGCGCUGGUGUGGACAAGGACCGGUUUAUUUCACCGAAGGACUUUGAUCAUUGGUUGGAGGGAGCGCUGCGGCGAAGGCAAGAAGAAGAGGAUGAGGAGGUGACGGAUCGCCUGCAGAAGCAAGCCAUGGAUGAGGCAGAUGAGUUAGUACCGUACAGCACACUGCUUUGGGUCGCUUUAGUGGCGGGACUGCCGUUUGUUGGGUUUGGGUUCCUCGACAACGCAAUGAUGAUUCUCGCAGGUGACGCCAUUGAUAACUCAUUCGGGCUUUACUUUAAUUGCUCCGUGCUGACCUGUGCCGCAAUGGGGAACAUAUUCUCCGGUGUUUUGGGCAUGCAGCUGCAUGGUGUUAUUGAGAAGGCUGUGCAGAGGUUUAACUUCAGGGUACCCACAUUAACAGAAAACCAGAUGAAAGGGAAGCGUGUAUUCUUUGCCGGACACAUUGGUGGGACGGUCGGCAUUAUGACGGGGUUACUCCUUGGAAUGAUUCCCCUCCUGUUGCUGGACAGUGACGAUGCCAAAAAUGAGCGAACUGCUGGUGAGUCGUUAGCUGUUGCUAAAACCAAUUGA